CUUGCCUUACACGUUGUCUACCAGCGCAUCAACAGCAAAAGACCAUCCACCGACGUGCAUCAAAGAGGUUGGCUUUUCAACCUGUGCUACCGUGCAUGUACCCAGAGUCGAGUCAUUGGACAUAUAGUAUAGCAUACGAGCACUGCUGUCCUGCAUUGGUGAUUCGCGAGGUGACUCUUGUUGUGGUAAAGGCGACAGUCUGGUGGGUUAUCAGGUCCACUAGCUAGGCGGCGAUCUAUCUAGAAGUUUAGUUAGAGAGACAAAAGAUACACUGGACAUUUUGAUCAACUGAUUGAUAUCUUGAAUCGAAUCAAUCAUGGUCGUGGCUGAAAUACCUCUCUGGUUGGUUCACGCUGCCGAAGCUGGAGGCGCUGGUGGCAUUGGUAAUCCUGGUGAUGAUGAUCCAUUCCAUAAUAACGAUCAGUCGGAGGAAACCAAAGCACAAACCUCACUCUCCCUCCUGCAAAGCUCGGGGCGGGGCAAGAAGUGUGCCAUAUACGGAGUAGACAUCAACCCUGAUGGAAACAGAAUAGCCACAUGUGGUGGUGAUGGAACCGUGCGAAUAUGGAGUCUGUCAGGACUUUUCUCGCGAAAGCGAUCACGCUUUGCCGACGAUGGAAACUACGCCAGCAGCGAAGCUUCAGCAGCGGGGGAGAGCAGCUCCAGUGAUGAUGCCGAUGAAGACAAUAACAACAACAACAAUCCUGAAAAUGGAAAAAAAUCAGCCAAUGGUGAAGACAACGACCCAGCACGAGAAAGCGUUGUACCGGUACAUGAUCUAACCAGCCUCGUACGGAGGAAAAAGGGAGGGGAAAUGCCUCGCUCCCCCACAAAACCUGCUGCAGACAAUAAUACUGAUACAACAACAACCAAGGAACCGGAAAAGAAAGCAGCACCAGAAACGAAAAAGACGUCACUGCCACAACCACAACAACAACAACAGCAACAACAACGUCUCCUCUGUACUUUAUCGGCCCACACGGGGUCCUCCGUACUCGCUGUACGAUUCUCACAUGAUGGAAGAUUCCUGGCAUCGGCAGGCGACGAUGCUGCUGUUUGUAUAUACACCAAAGAUUCAUCCAGCUUGGUGGGGAACUUGACGGACAACUCUCUAGAGCACUGGUCGCGGAUAAAGCUGUGUAGAGGGCAUGGGUUGGAUGUGGUGGGCUUGGCAUGGGCACCGGACGAUUCAACGCUCGUCAGUUGUUCCCUCGAUUCAGAAACUCCCAUUAUUGUUUGGAAAUUGACCGAUUUGGCAUCCAAUCAAGGGCACGUUACACAUUCCAACAUUAUAUGUAAUCCCUACAAGGUGCUGGGGAAGGGAACCCACACGUCAACUGUCAAGGGCGUCACAUUCGACCCUGCAGGUACCUAUCUUGCUUCAUCAGGUGACGACCCUUCCGUCUGCAUUUGGAGAGCACAUGAUGAUUGGGGCUUGGAGAGGAGAAUCGAUGCAGGUUCGGGUAUCUUUCGUCGUUGGAAAGAGGACAAUUCGCAAUCUCUGUCAAGUCAAACUCUCUUUCGGCGUCUCAGCUGGUCCACCGACGGUGCAUACAUUUGUAGCACAAAUUGUGUCGUCAAAAAUAAGCAUGUCGCAUCAACAAUCAGCAGGGAUGGUUGGAAUGUGAGCACGGCUCGUACUGUUGCGGCUGGAGCAGCCAACCUCGUGGGUCACAAGCAGCCUGUGGUGGUGAGUCGGCAUUGCUCCAAGUUGUUGGAAGCAAGGAGUAGUCAAAACAAUGAGAAUGGCGAGAAUGAUGGCGGCAGCGACAAUGGUGAAGAGGACGAGCCAGCGUAUGCAACGCUACUAGCAUUGGGGGAUCGACAUGGGUUUGUCACGGUCUGGACAACCCGCAAGUCCAGACCCAUUUUCAAGCUUCAGUGCAGCGAAAGCCGAUGCACUGUUACAGACUUGGCCUGGGGAAAAGUCAAGGGUAAUGCCAUGGUUCUACUUGUCUCAUUACUGGAUGGUCACUGUGUGGCCUUGCGAUUCAAAAUUCCUGAAGAAGUGGGUCCACUGCUGGCCGAUAAAAACAAAUCGAGGCUAUUUCGGUAUCGGUAUGGAAUCGAUCUGGAUGAUGCCGAAGACUUUAGCAGACGCAGGCUGCUGGUUGGUGAAAGCUCAGGACCAAAGUUUAUUGAGAACACUUUGCAAAUGUCGCUGGAGAGCCGAUUGAACGACGACGACGACAACAACAACAAUGAUGAGGACGAAGACGACAAGGAUGAUACAGGCGAGGGCGGUGCUGGUGGAAAUCAGGAGAAAGAACAAACCAGUGCUGAAACUGGCGUGGAGCCCAUGGAUGUAUCAGGCAUGGAUACUUCCGUAAAGUCACAGCAGCAAGAGUCUCAAGUGAAAGGCAAGAAGCGAAUUCGACCUGUUCUGAUGAGCGUUGACGAUGACGAGGUAAAGCAAAAGAAACCAGCCCAUGACAAGACAGCAGAUAAGAGCGAGAAAACAAACGGGGAGAAACAACAAUCGUCGGACCCACUGCAAAGUGCAUCCAAUGUUGCGGAGAAGGCGGCUUCUCUCUUGGACUCUGUGUCUCAACCACAGGGCAUCGCUACCUCCGGCGACCCGGGCCCACCGGAUGAAUCUGCUACGCCCACCUCCAGCAAUAUUCAAACUACGCGACAAGCACCGGUAUCUGGUUUUGCCAUCUCGACCACUGCCAAACUUCCUCACAGGACAGACAGAUUCCGGUCUGUUGAUCUUCCUGUGAAAUCAAAAGGGUCUCUGCCCUUUCGACGGAAUGGAGAGAAGGCGUCUAUUGCUGAAUGUGCCAACUCUUACAGGGUUCCUUUAGGGUCAAAAGGGGGGUCUGUGCCUUGCAUAGACGUUUCGAUAAGCAAAGAAGGCGCAAAGUCCUGGAAGGAUCAGAUUGUCGGCACUUCGUGUUCCGCGUUAGCCGCCUCCGACAAUCUGCUGGCAGUGGGAACUGCCGAUGGAUCCAUUCAACUUUACGGGACGUCUCCUUCUUUGGGUUGGGAUUGUGGCACAGCAUUUCGGUCUCACCCUCUCCUGGUUUUGGGGCACCCCAUCGUAUCACUUCAACUGCAUGAUAAAGCGAAAGAAAAGGAUGAGGACGAAUCCAAGGUCGAUCUUCUCGUCGUCACAGGCGACGGGUCUUUUGGUGUCUACGAAAUCUUCCCUGUGCUUCAGAAACGAUACAAGGGAUCACUCUUGCCUGCUAUGAGUCACAUGUCGAUGGGUGCGUCGGGUCAGAAUGCCAGCGGCAACCCUGUUCCAAGACUUUCUCGCUUACAAUUGACGGAGUCAGACCAGCUGCUUCUGCUGUUGUCGUUUGGUCAAUCCUCUGGGCGUUCCGCUCCUGCCAAUUCAGCUCUCCGCGCAACUUCACGUACUCAAACGAGCAGUGCCUACGGUGCUAUCCAAGCGUUCGUCUACAAUCUGCCUUUGGAGAUGUGGCUCCGAAUAUCAGAUGGAAGAUUUGUCCUGUCUGAUUUCUACACUUCCUUGCCCGCCUCAAAGUCUGUAUCUUCUGGUACAUUAUCACAACUUGACGAUGCUGUUCGCAUAGGAGCCCUGGAUUCGACGUUGGACCCAUCACAUCGGAGUCGGACAAGAGAAGUAUACCAACACGCCGAGGACAGUGCUAGCUAUCUCGCUACUCGGUCUCAUUGCGAAGACCGCAUGGCUUGCGCAGUGGCCGUGGGAUCUUCACCUGAAUUCAAGCAUUGGCUACGUUUGUAUGUUCGUACUCUGUCCCUUGGUGGCCAUGCCGACCUGCUCCGUGUCCUUGUGGACAUGAUUGUGGGACCACCAGGGAAGAAAGCUAACAGCACAGCCCCAUCACCUUCCCAUUUGGCACAUGGUGAUGUCCACUGGUGGCUCUCCACAACUCCAACAAUCCUUACUCUUGAUCGCAAGUCACUGAUCAAGAGUUGUGUCAUACCGGAAAUGAGCAAGAAUCGGGCUCUACAGCGUCUAACCAAUGAAGUUGCCUUGGAGGUUGAGUCCCUGGCAAGCUGCUAGCUAGGUAUAUCGUGACAGUUAGUUGAACUACUAUCACCUCUAAAAUCCAACUUUUCCCAAACUGCUUGUCUUGGGUGCAUUUCUUUGGUUCAUCAUUUGCCAAGCAACUAGUAGCCAGAAGAUGCACAGAAGAUACAUACCAACACAUCAACAAUAAAAGAAACUCUGAUAUAGAAGUUUAUGUAGUAAAAAUCUAGCAUACUGGUACCUAUGCUGCUGGUUUUCCAAUUCUUGACUUGCACGUCCUGUUUGACCCUCUGGCCCCCAACCAUAUGCUUGGAGAAGCUCCCUGGAUUUACUGCAAGGCUCUUGUUGCGCUACUCUGGGUCUUCAGGUCAACAGUACUGGUACUCUUUACUUUUACCUCGGCAGGUAAACUGCCUGAGUUCUCAACCCCUUUACCUCGGCAGGUAAACUGCCUGAGUUCUCAACCCCUUUA